AGACCUUCUUGCUCAUAUCAUCCUUCACAACUUCACAUAUACCUCGGACGCAUUCCAUUGGCAUCGCUGUGUCGUCGUGUGCAAGCUCGAAUCGACUGCUCAAGGAGCGACCCAGUAACACAGCCACUUGCGACGGCGCUGAGCAGCAGUACGGGUCACCAUGUCAGACUUCGCGAAGGACGCUCUCUCACUCGAGGAGACAAAUCGUCUCCGUAUCUCCCUCGGUCUCAAACCUCUGAGCGAUGACUCUGCUUCCGAGACCAAGACGAAGAGUGGCGAAGGGGCAGAGCCUGCUCAGCCAGCCAAGGACAAAGACGAGAUUGCAGAGGACAAUUACCGAAGUCGGAGAGAAGCUGAGGCAAAGCAGAAGGAAGAUGAGGAGAUUCGAGCCAGGAUCGCCAAAGCUCGGAACCAGCGUGAUCUCAGAAGACAGCUACGAGGUCCGACACUCGGAGAUGCUGACCCAGCCGAGUCCAGCAGCUCAGCUGAUCCCAAAAGUACCGCAAAGUGGCUCAAGCAGGCUCAAAAGCGGGCCAAAGAGAAUGCCGCCAAGCGAGCCAAGGAGGAGGAGGAGCAAGAAGCAGCGGUACGAGCUACGUACGGCGAGGCCGACCUCGCUGGACUGAGAGUCGCCCAUGACGUAGACGACUUCGACCUUCAGGCAGGCGAGGAGGGCAAGGUCCUGACGCUCAGGGAUAGCAGAAUUCUAGAUGGCGGCGAGGACGAGCUGAUGGAUGCCGAGCUGGAGCAGAAGGAGCUAGACCGCAUCAAUGACGAGAGAAAGAAGGGACCGAAGCAAUACACAGGCCUCGAUGAUGAUGAGGUCGAAAGCGCUGCCUAUGGCCGGAAGAAGGGAGUUCUCAGCAAGUACGAUGCUGACAUCCCUGGCUCAGGCAUGCGAGAGUCCGAUGGAGGCGGCUUCACACUUGGUGGUCCUUCCGAAACCAGCGAGGAAAGGAGAGAAGCUAAGCGCAGGGAGAUGGAGGAAGAGGCGAGGAGAAAGAAUCGCACCCUCCUCAGCCUAGACUAUACCAAAAAUCAAGAGGUCUCAGACUACCUUGCGCCAGGAGACAUUGGCUUCAAAAAGUCAAAGACUAAGAAGAAGAAAAGACCUGCAGCUUCUCGCAUCAAGCUGGAGGACGACGAGGCAGAGGAAGGCAAUGCGGCGGGAGAUGUUGACAUGGCCCAGCCUGUACAACACACUCGCCGUCAAGCUGAAGAGCGCGACAACCUCAUAGACGACGACGAACUCGCAGUCUCGCUCGCUAAGGCUCGCCGGGCUAAAGCCAAAAAGGCUGUCAGCAAGAUUACGCCAGAGGAGAUCGCCAAGAAUCUGGCUGCUCAACGAGAAGCCGAGGAGAAAGAAGCUGCAGAGCGUGAACCAGGCGGCAGUCUGAAUGGCCUGCGCAACAGUCAAGACUUCGGAGCUGGUAUCGCGGGAGCGCAAGAGACUAAUGGCGGUUUGACCUUCGACGAGACUUCCGAAUUUAUCAGAAGCGUAGGUCAAAGGCAAGAGCUGGAGCCAACUGUCAGGCGCGUGAAGCAGGAGACACCAGCUGAGUCAUUCCAGAACGGCACUCAUAUCAAAGAAGAGCCGCAGGAGCCAUCACUGAGCGCUGCUGUCGACGCAGAUAGCUUGCUUGCCGUCGGUCCCGCCGAAGACGGGGAGGUCAAGGAUGAAGAGAUGGACGAAGACGACUUCUCGUCGUCGCCUCCUCUGGACAACCGCUCUCCGGACCCUGCGUCGUUGGGUAUCGGGACAUCCGCCGAGCCGAAUGUCUCGGGUGGAAUGGCCGGCACCCUGAAUCUGCUGAGAUCACAAGGCCUGCUCGAUGCCGUCACGCCAGAGCAACGUCAACGGGAGGCAAGCCAGCGCGAGUACGACCUCUGGAAGGCGCGUCGACUGGCGGAGCAAGCUGUGCAGGAAGAGGAGCGUCGAAUGAACAAGCUCCAGGGUAGCGCCAAGGACCAGGCUACGCGUGAGCACGAGAACAAGCUGCGUGAGCUGGAGGACGCGCGCCGAGCUGAGGCGAGGUUCAAGGACUACAAGCCCGACGUAGAUAUCAAGUACCACGAUCAGUACGGUAGGGUGCUCGACAAGCACGAGGCCUGGAAACUACUCAGUCAUACCUUCCACGGCAAAGCUCCAGGGAAAGCCAAGCAGGAGAAGUAUAAGCAAAAGGUCAUGGACGAGAGGAAGAGGGAGAGGAUGGCGGCUGGCGAGACGCAGGACAUGAGCAAGGCAUUCAGAGAGAGGCAGCAGCGUGAAGGUCAGGCUCACAUGGUUCUGAGUGUCGGUGCAAAGGGCAAUGCCCCUCAGGACUUUGCCAAUCACCUUGGACCCAACCUUGUUCAGGCGAGAAAUGCCGCUGCAUCUGGCAGUGGCUCAAAGGCAAGCAAGGGCAAGUCUACAGCAGUGGCAGCCGGGACCAGCACCGAUGGACGUGGCCUUUCGCAGGAGCGAGGCGGUCUAGUCUCCGUCAUGUCGGAGAGCUUUUCGCCCAUGCCCUCUUCCUCGAGCACGCCUUUGCCCUCCAACGGCCCGCGCAUGAGACCGGCCUUCCAGCCCAUUGCGGCUACCUCCUCUCCUGCACCUGAAGGAGCCAGCCCUGCGCCCGGAGCGGCUGAGCAAAGUGGUGCGCCGGGUGGCCUCGGCUUCGGCGGUGGCUUCAAAUUGGCCUUUGGCGGCGCUGGCGCUCAAGGCAAGCGCAAGGCUGAGGAGCAGGGUCAUCGAUGA